AUGUGCGAAGUGGAGUGGAGAGCACCCGCUUUGACCAAUGGGAGAAUUAGUCGUUACUAUGUAAGAGUACAAGGAGCUGUUCGUCGAAUGAGACCAGGAGGUCCUGUAGUUGCAGACGAUUUUCCCCCACCAACUGAUGAGGAAAAAUGUGCUAACUGGGAUGAGAGGGAAGAGGCCUCACAUGGCAUUAACCCAAUUGAGUUCACUACGGAGUUUCUGUCGUGCAAGUAUGGUCCUCUGAAGCCCAAUCGAAAUUACACAAUCACCGUAUGGGCGGAAAAUUCAGCUGGUCGUUCAUCUCCGUUAGUGUUCCCCAAAAAUUGCAUAACAAAUUAUGCUCAACCCGAUGUAGUCGAAAAACCAAUAACAUCAACGAAUUCCAAUCAUACGUCAUUCAACUUAGCUUUCAACUCAAAACCGGAUGACACGAAUGGUCCCAUUAGUUGCUAUUAUAUCGGCAUCGUGCCAUUGUUGAGGAACGUUUCGUUAGAGACGCUUCCACCUCCACAAGAAAUUGUUAUGGAUACGGUAUCAAAGGUUGGUUCUCUUUUUAAGAUUUUUCCCUCGGUAUUUUUGUCUGUUUUUUUUUUCUGAGU